GCUUCAUACAGAGAUAGCGCUCACGGCAUUCGAACGGGUAAGUCCAGCAAGCAAUCGAAUGGGGAGAAGGCUCGCGCUGUGUUCGAGAGGGAGGGCUCACACUGCGAUUUGAACGGGAGACUACUCUAUAGAGAGAGAGCGCUCACGGCAUUCGAACGGGUAAGCCCAGCAAGCAGUCGAACGGGAAGAAUGAGAAUGAGAGUUGGCCCGUGUUGUGUUUGAAAGAGAGGGCUCACACUGCAAUUUGAAUGAGAGACUGCUCCAUAGAGAGAGAGCGCUCACGGCAUUCGAACGGGUAAGCCCAGCAAGCGGUCGAACGGGGAAAGUGAGCACUAGUUGGCUUGCAUUGUGUUCGAAAGGGAGGGCUCACACUGCUAUUUGAACGGGAGACUGCUCCAUAGAGAGAGUGCGCUCACGGCAUUUGAACGGGUUAGCCCAGCAAGCAAUCGAACAGGGAAAUUGAGAACGAGAGGAAUGGGGCUUGUUUGCGGGGGUAGCCUCACUCAAUAGACUACCCAUAGAUAGGGAAAUAUGGUGCUUUGAGAAGAGGAGGUGGUGACCGCUAUCUCCUGUAAUGCUAGUUGCAGCUGCUGAGAAGCGAAGAAAAAAAAGGCUUCGGCGGAAGCAUGGUAAAAAAGCUGCUGCGGCAGUAGAGUAAUGUGGGCCUUCUGCGGGAGCGGAGUUUAAAGCACUGCGGCAGCAGUGGAUUGAGUAUUUGGGGGCAAAGUGAAGGAGCUCCUGUGGGAGCGCUGCUGUGUUUCCAUUGCUGUAGAUGCACUUCUAUGAAAGUAUGGAACUUAGACAUUGAAAGAGCCUGUGGAGAAGAUAUUAACAACUGUGUACACACAAUUGGUAUGGGUGGGGCACUGUUGCUGUGGUAUCGAGUAGGGCACAAAAGACUUCAUUAGAUUUAUUAACACCUGUAGUGGAGCAAAUGGUUAGUUAGGAAUACAUUAAUGUAUUACCUUUUUAUAUACGUCUGUAAGGGAAGCAAAAGCUUAGUUAUGGAAAACGUGUCAAUUACGUUCAUAUGCAGCUUUGAGGAAAGCAAAAAUUUAGUUAAGAAUACAACUUUAUUACAUUUGUCAUGGAGGGGCACUGUUGCUGCAGUAUUAAGUAGGGCACAAAAGUCUUCAUUAGAAUCAUCAACACCUGUAAGGGAAGCAAAGGUUAUUUUGUACUUACCUGUAGGGGGAGCAAAUAUUAGUUAGGAAUAUGUACCUUUAUAUACAUCUGUAAGGGAAGCAGAAGGUUAGUUAUGGAAAACGUGUCAAUUACGUUUAUAUGCAGCUUUGAGGGAAGCGAAAGGUUAGUUAAGAAUACAACUUUAUUACAUUUGUCAUGGCAGGGCACUGCUGUGGCAGUAUCAAAAUGUGAAAGGGGUGAUGCUGUGGCAUAAUUGAGAGUAUGCGGGCAAUGCUGCGGCAGUAUCGAGCGUGGGCGGGCGCUGCAGCACAUUAUCUGGUGGGGCACUGUGGCUGCAGUAUCAAAUAGGGCACACAUAGUUUAUCACAUUUAGGCACACCUUAUUGUGUGUCGGGCUCAUUUCGACCAUAAGCAAAGGAAAUGCCAAUGCCACGGUUAACAGGAAAAGCUAAAAGGCUCUUAAGAUUACUGCACCACCACUACACUCGAACAGGAGAGCUCAUACUGCGUUUCGGACGGGAGAGCCCACGGAUUGAAUGACGUGAAAUCUCACACUGCAUUCGAAUGGGAGAGCCCACCCUGUGAUUCGAACGGGGGAGCCUGCAUUGCGGUUGAACGGGAGGGCCCACACUGCAAUUCGAACGGGAGAGCCUGCAACCAAUGAGCUGAGGUUCACACUGCAUUCGAACAGGAGAGCCCACACUGCAAUUUGAUGGGAAAGCCUGCAUAGCGUUCGAAUGGGAGGGCCCACACUGCAUUCGAAUGGUGGGUGGUGCAGAGUAAAGAACCUUGCUGAAUAGCGGUUUGAUGGGUAUACAUUUAUGAGCUGUGCCCCUUGAGUCUUAAUAAAAGGAAACAUAAGAGGAAACAGGAAACAUGAUUGUGGUGUUGUGGGAGAUUUAGUGGCAGGGCCUGAAAGGUUCCACAGUUGCGGCACCUGAAAAAACACAUUUGCGCUGCUUUGUGGUGUGGUGGAAGUUUGUCGCAUGGUCUGAAGGACACCGCAGUUGCGGCACAUGUACAGCACGUUUGCGCUGCUUUGCGGUGUGGUGGGAGUUUGUCGCAUGGUCCAAAGGACACCGCAGUUGCGGCACCUGUACAGCACGUUUGCGCUGCUUUGCGGUGUGGUGGGAGUUUGUCGCACGGUCCGAAGGACACCGCAGUUGCGGCACCUGUACAGCACAUUUGCGCUGCUUUUUGGUGUGGUGGGAGUUUUUUGCAUGGUCCGAAGGACACCGCAGUUGCGGCACCUGUACAGCACGUUUGCACUGCUUUGUGAUGUCGUGGGGGUUUGUUGCAUGACCCAAAAGACGCCGCAGUUGUGGCACGUGGACAGCACAUUUGUGCUGCUUAGGGAUGUUUUGAGCCGAAGGCAGAAGCACCACAGUUGUGCUUUCUUAACUAAAAAUGGUUGCCAUCUUUGGCUCCUCGGUAGGUAAUGGUGAAGUCUUGGAAAAAACACCUAGAUAGAGAAAGUGAGAGGUAAACCUGCGUACAAUCCAGUGACAGGGAUUUAAAUGGGCUCUCACAGAGACCUGCUGGAAGUAAUAUUGGUGAGACCCUGCGGAAGGCACAAUUUCAGGCAUUGCUGUAGAAAAGACAAAAUAAUCAUAUUCAGGUGAAACUUUAGAAAAAAAUGUGCUAGGGAAUACAGUACAUCUUCAUAAACAAUGUGAAAAAAAUAGCAUAAAAUGAUCUGAGAAAUAAGAGCUUUGGCUCUGUACUGCAUACAGAUAUGCAUGAACUUGCAAUCAUCAUUGAAGGAUUCAUUUAGGCCAUUUGCUUUUUAGGAGUAUAACUGUAACCUGUAGUACAAUAUACUUCUUGCAUAGGAAAUGCAUCACAUAGCAAUAGGUGUGAAUUAUCUAGGAAUGCACUGAGUUGCAGCUCUGCACUGCAUACAGAAAUGCAGGAGAUAUGUGCUGGGAAAUCAGUACAUCUUAAUAAACAAUGUGAAAAACAGCAUAAAAUGAUCUGAGAAAUAAGAACUUUGGCUCUGUACUGCAUGCAGAUAUGCAGGAGAAAUGGACUUGCAAUCAUUACUGAAGGAUACACUUGUGGUCAUUCGAUCCUUAGGAAUAUGACUGCCCCCUGCUGUACAAUAUACGUCAAUAUAUGUCAAUAAUGCUGAGAGGAAGCAGACAGGUUGCAGAAAGAUUAUGAAUGAGUUGGAACGCGGCGCAUGAUCCGCCUCUUGCGGAGCCGAAUUCGGCUCGUGUCUGUUCGGACAGAGUCCGUGUAUAACUGCAGUGUGCUAUGGAAUGGUCAGUGCCAGUGCUGCGCGGCAACGAGCUUGUGUUAAAAUGUCUGCGUUGGUUUGAAAAUAAUUUGUCAUUAGAUUAUCGGUCGAUUGAAGGGAGUUCUGUGUUGCAUGAUGCCCCUGUGUUCAGAAUGAAAUAAAUCACGCUCCGACGGGCACUUUGGAGGGAGAAACAAUCGUGAUAUUCAUGUUACAAGAUGAGGAACAAUCGCUGAAUAAAGCAUGCCCCCUAAACAAGUUGUGGCGUGGUAAUGAGGCUGACAGGCAUCACCUGUGUUGCAGAACCUGAUUAAAAAUACUGGGGGUUGAAAUGGUGGCUGGAUUGAAUAGUUAAUCUUUUUUUCUUUCGCUUUCAAAUAAAACUGAAUUCUAAUGGCAUGAAGCUGGAACAGCUCCCGUUCCCGGAGGCAGCUGGCACUGCUUUCCUGGUGGAAAGUUUAGAUAAGAGAACAUAUGAGCAGUCGUAGAGAGCUGUUUCACAUUUUUUAAAGUGCAGGAGCAGACAGUUUGUGGUAGCAACUUCGCUCUAUAAACUGCUUCAUCGAAUGGAGCAUAGAAUGACAGACAGGAUAAAAAAUAUAUAUAUAUAUAUAUAUAUAUAUAUAUAAACACUUAACGUGGUAGCCAUCAAUACUGUUAAAAAACAAAGAGCUGCUGUGACAGCUUCUGUUGAAUAACGAGACUGUUUGGAUGGAAGAGCUGUUCUGGUGGAGCCGAAUGCUUUGCAGGGAAGUUGCAUCCGAUGAUCCGUCUGCCUGGGUCUGUUCGUGGGGAAAUGAGCGGGGCUGAAUGCCGGAAAGACUCUCAUGUCAGAAGAGUUGUCACAGGAAGCAGUCUUUUAAGAGAAGGUAUUUCCACUUAACCCAGCUGGGAGAUGGAUCAUACAACCUGAACUUCUACAAAGAUGAGAAAAUAUCAAAAGAACCCAAAGGAACCAUUUUCCUGGACUCCUGCAUGGGUGUCAUCCAGAACAGUAAGGUGCGACGUUUUGCAUUUGAGCUGAAGAUGCAGGAUAAAAGCACUUAUCUUCUGGCUGCGGAUAGCGAGGGAGAGAUGGACGACUGGAUCAGCACUCUCAACAAGAUCCUCCACAGCAGCUUUGAGCUCGCCAUGCAGGAGAGGAGAAACGGAGAGCUACAUGAUGAUGAUGAGCUGGGCAAGACGGACAUCUUGCCGGGGAAUUUUCAGGACAGUUUCCAGAGUGCAAGAGACAUUGAGUCCAAGAUGAGGAGUGAGACUCGUCUCAAGCUCUUCACUCUGGACCCUGACACACAGAGACUCGAUUUGUCUGGCAUUGAGCCUGACGUGAAGCAGUUUGAGGAGAAGUUUGGGAAGAGAGUUGUGGUCAACUGCAACGAUCUGUCCUUCAACCUGCAGAGCUGUGUAGCAGAGAAUGAGGAGGGACCUACAACUAAUGUGGAGCCGUUCUUUUUGGUUCUUUCCCUGUUUGAUGUGCAGAACAGCCGAAAAAUAUCUGCAGAUUUUCAUGUGGAUCUGAACCAUCCACUGGUCAGAUCCCUAAUUGCACCACCCAGCAUGCAGAUAAAUGGAGGUGUGGACACACCUCACGGCGAAACGCUGCUUAGUGAACUACCGGAGGGGAUGCUGCAGUACCCUAGAAAAGGUGUCUUCUCUGUGACGUGUCCUCACCCUGACAUCUUCCUGGUGGCACGGAUUGAGAAAGUUCUGCAGGGAGGCAUCACCCACUGUGCUGAGCCCUACAUGAAGAGCUCCGACUCCAGCAAGGUUGCCCAGAAGGUUCUGAAGAAUGCCAAGAUGGCCUGCAGCAGACUGGGCCAGUACAGGAUGCCUUUCGCAUGGGCGGCCCGGCCCAUGUUUAAAGAUGCCUCAGGGACUUUGGAUAAAAGUGCUCGGUUCUCUGCACUAUACCGGCAAGACAGUAAUAAACUCUCCGAAGAGGAUCUCUUCAAACUGCUGACGGAUUUCAGAAAACCUGAGAAGAUGGCCAAACUUCCUGUCAUCUUGGGUAACCUGGAUGUGAUCAUUGAUAACGUCCCUCCUGAUAUGGCUAAUUGUGUGACUCCAUCCUACAUCCCAGUAAGGCCUUUUGAGUGUAACGGGCAGAAUGAUGGUGUUCUGUUGGAGGUGGAGGAGUUUGUUCCCUGUAUUGCCAAGUGCUCUCAACCCUUCACCACCUACAACAAUCAUCUCUACGUCUACCCAAAACACCUCAAAUAUGACAACCAGAAGUCUUUUGCCAAGGCAAGGAACAUUGCAGUGUGUGUGGAAUUCAGAGAUUCGGAUGAAGAGAAUGCACAACCUCUAAAGUGUAUAUAUGGUCGUCCAGGAGGUCCUCUCUUCACCAAACAUGCCUAUGCUGCUGUUCUGCACCACCAGCAGAACCCAGAGUUCUAUGAUGAGAUUAAAAUCGAGUUGCCCACACAGCUCCAUGAGAAGCAUCACCUGCUCUUCACUUUUUACCACAUCAGCUGUGACAGCAGCACAAAGAAACGGGACAUAGUGGAGACUCCAGUUGGUUCUGCCUGGCUUCCUUUGCUUAAAGAUGGUCGUGUAGUUAUGAGUGAGCAGAACAUCUCUGUGGCAUCCAACCUACCAAAUGGUUACCUCAGCUGCCAGGAGGUUGUAAGCAAGCACUCUUGUCCUGAGAUAAAGUGGGUGGACGGAGGACGUCCUCUCUUCAGAGUGUCUACACAUCUUGUCUCUACCAUCUACACUCAGGAUCAGCACCUGCACAAUUUCUUCCAUCAUUACCAGAGUAUGCAGUCUGGUGCCACCCGUCUGACUGAGGGUGAGCUUGUCAAAUACCUCAAGAGUCUUCAUGCCAUGGAAGGUCAUGUGAUGAUCAAAUUCCUACCGACUAUUUUAAACCAGCUGGUUUGUGUUCUGACCAGCACCAGUAAUGAGGAUGUGGCAGUAAACACCACCAGAGUCAUGGUUCACAUUGUUGCCCAGUGCCACGAAGAGGGUCUAGAGCACUACCUGAGAUCAUAUGUGAAGUACGUGUUUAAAACAGAGUCCUGCUCAACGAGCUACAAUAAGACAGUGCACGAAGAGUUAGCCAAAGCCAUGACUUCCAUCUUAAAGCCCUCAACUGACUUCCUAACAAGCAACAAGCUCCUCAAGUAUUCGUGGUAUUUUUUCGAAGCCCUGGUGAAGUCAAUGGCUCAAUACCUGAUGGAGAGUGGCAAGGUGAAGCUGUCCAGGAACCAGCGAUUCACGGCUUCAUUCCACCAUGCUGUGGAGACACUGGUGAACAUGUUGAUGCCCCACAUAACCCAGAAGUACAAGGACAAUCUGGAUGCUGCCCGCAAUGCCAACCACAGCCUGGCUGUCUUCAUAAAGCGCUGCUUUACCUUUAUGGAUCGAGGAUUUGUCUUUAAGCAGAUAAACAAUUACAUUACCUGUUUCGUACCUGGAGAUCCAAAGACGCUGUAUGAGUUUAAAUUUGAGUUUCUGCGGGUGGUGUGUAAUCAUGAGCAUUACGUCCCUCUCAACCUGCCCAUGCCUUUUGGGAAGGGACGCAUUCAGAGGUUUCAAGAUCUGCAGUUGGACUAUUCCCUGACUGAUGAUUUCUGCAAGAAUCACUUUCUAGUUGGUCUGUUAUUAAGAGAGGUUUGUGGAGCCCUUCAGGAGUUUGGUGAGGUCCGUCAGAUUGCCAUUCAAGUGCUGAAAAGUCUGAUGAUCAAACACACGUUUGACGAUCGCUAUGCCUCAAAGAGUCAGCAGGCCAGGUUGGCCACACUCUAUCUACCCUUGUUUGGGUUGCUACAGGAGAAUGUUCACAGACUCAACGUGAGAGACACAUCUCACUUCACCACCAACCAGAAUGGGCGAGAUGACCCCAGCAUCUCUAUGGCAACUCCCCAAAAGCCUGUAGGGAACCUUGACAACAGCCUUCAUAAAGAUGUGUUUGGAGUCAUCUCAGGAACUACAUCUCCUCACACUUCCACGCCCAACAUCGGCUCUGUGCGGCAUGCUGACUCUCGAGGUUCUCUGGUCAGCACAGACUCAGGAAACAGCCUCACAGAGAAGACCAGCUCCCUGGAUAAGACUCAGUCAGCCUCUGCUCUGGGCAGCUCUAUGCUGCGCUGUGAUAAAUUGGACAGAGAAGAAGUCAAAAACCUGCUCAUGUGUUUCCUCCAUGUUCUAAAGAGCAUGUCUGAAGAUGCCUUAUUUACAUACUGGAACAAAGCCACAAACUCAGAGCUGAUGGACUUUUUCACUUUAGUAGAAGUGUGUCUGCAUCAGUUCAGGUAUAUGGGAAAGAGAUUCAUUGCCAGAAGCCAGGAGGGGGUGGGGUUUAUGGCUCCGGACAGGAAAUCGUUGACUCUUCCUGUGUCUCGUAACAGAGGGGGCGUCAUGCAUACACGCUUACACCAGCUGGGCAGCCUGGAAAACACACACACUUUCAACCACACAUAUUGCCAUGGGGAUGCUGACACAUGUCUCCUGGAAGCUAACGUAUCAACGGAAGUGUGUCUGACUGUGCUGGACACUCUCAGUGUCUUCAUCAUGGGCUUUAAGACGCAGCUGUGUGCUGAUUUGGGUCAUAACCCGCUAAUGAAGAAGGUUUUCCAGGUGCACCUCUGUUUCCUCCAGAUCCCGCAGUCAGAGACAGCACUGAAGCAGAUCUUUACCUCCCUGCGUACCUUCAUUUACAAGUUUCCCUGUACUUUUUUUGACGGACGUGCGGAUAUGUGUGCCUGCCUGUGUUAUGAGAUCCUGAAGUGCUGCAAUUCCAAACUGAGCUCCAUACGCAGUGAUGCUGCCCACCUGCUCUAUUUUCUCAUGAAGAGCAACUUUGAGUACAACGGCAGGAAGUCUUUCGUCCGUACGCAUCUUCAGGUGGUGAUUGCUGUCAGUCAGCUGAUCGCUGAUGUCAUUGGGAUUGGUGGGACACGGUUCCAGCAGUCGCUGUCCAUCAUUAAUAAUUGUGCCAACAGUGAUAAAACUGUAAAGCACACUGCUUUCCCCUCUGAUGUGAAGGACCUGACCAAACGGAUCCGCACGGUGCUGAUGGCCACUGAGCAGAUGAAGGAACAUGAAAAAGACCCUGAGAUGCUGGUGGACCUGCAGUACAGCCUGGCCAAAUCCUACACCAGCACGCCUGAGCUGCGCAAAACCUGGCUGGACAGCAUGGCUAAAAUCCAUGUCAAGAACGGAGACCUGUCUGAGGCAGCGAUGUGUUAUGUGCACGUGGCAGCACUGGUGGCUGAAUACCUAAAGAGGAAAGGAAUGUUUCGACAGGGCUGCUCGGCAUUUUGUGUGAUCACACCCAACAUCGAUGAGGAGGCAGCCAUGAUGGAGGACGUGGGCAUGCAGGAUGUUCACUUCAACGAGGAGGUGCUGAUGGAGUUGUUGGAAGCUUGUGCUGAUGGUUUAUGGAAAGCUGAACGUUAUGAACUCAUUUCAGACAUCUACAAACUCAUCAUUCCAAUUUACGAACAACGCAGAGACUUUGAGAAACUGGCCCACCUGUAUGACACAUUACAUCGGGCCUACACUAAAGUGAUGGAAGUGAUGCAUUCUGGGAAGAGGUUGCUUGGCACCUUCUUCAGAGUAGCAUUUUUUGGCCAGGGUUUCUUUGAAGAUGAGGAUGGAAAGGAAUAUAUCUAUAAAGAACCCAAGUUUACCCCUCUCUCCGAGAUCUCCCAGCGCCUUCUCAAACUGUACUCGGACAAGUUUGGCAAAGAAAAUGUCAAAAUGAUUCAAGACUCCGGCAGGGUGAACCCUAAAGACCUGGAGGCAAAGUUUGCCUACAUCCAGGUGACGCACGUGACGCCGUACCUGGAGGAGAAGGAGCUGGAGGAGAGGAAGACUGACUUUGAGAGGAGCCACAACAUUCGACGCUUUGUGUUCGAGACACCAUUCACAGAGUCGGGCAAGCGGCACGGGGGGGUGGAAGAACAGUGCAAACGCAGGACAGUGCUCACCACCACACACUGUUUCCCGUAUGUGAAGAAGCGUAUAGCAGUGAUGUAUCAGCACCAUACAGACCUGAGCCCCAUCGAGGUGGCCAUAGAUGAGAUGAGUGGGAAGGUGUCUGAACUCAGAGCGCUCUGUGCAACCAGUGAGGUUGACAUGAUCCGCCUUCAGCUUAAACUACAAGGAAGCAUCAGUGUACAGGUCAAUGCUGGACCACUUGCAUAUGCCAGAGCUUUUCUUGAAGAUGCAUGCGCCAAAAAGUAUCCAGACAACAAAGUGAAACAGCUGAAAGAAGUCUUCAGGCAGUUUGUGGAGGCAUGUGGACAGGCACUGGCUGUAAAUGAAAGGCUGAUAAAGGAAGAUCAGCAGGAAUAUCAUGACGAGAUGAAAGCCAGUUAUAAAGACCUGGCCAGAGAACUUUCCCACAUCAUGCAUGAACAGAUCUUUACUGUGGAGGGCGGAACGAAGAGACCACUUUCUGAUUCGCUGCACAUUUUUAAUGCCAUCAGUGGCACGCCCACCGGCACCACCCUGCAUGGCAUUUCUAGCUCCGCCUCUACUGUGUGACUUUUCACCCCUAGCCUUAAACUUCUGACCCUACCCACAGCCAGAGAGAGAUGGACAGAGUGAAAUACAUACAGACAUAAAAACAAUCAUUGGUAUUUCAUUGUCAGCCUGGCCUUUUCUGGUGUUGUAUGUCUAAACCCAAAACAGAUGUUCACACAGUCCUAAAGGGAUUUCACACCAUUUUGCACCUACUGGGAUAAAGCAGGUGUGUCCUGUGUUUGGAAAGGCCAGUUACAUGUUACAUUUCCAUUGUGGCUCCCUCAAAAAGGACCUUUUGAAAUCUUCUCCCAUCCAUCUAUUCACAUGUUUCCGUGGAGACAGUUGUUUUUAUUCAUUUAGCAACCAGAUAAACUUGAGCAUGAAAAGUUUGCCUUUUAUUAUUCUCUCAAUUAUGCCUGUAUUUUGUAUGUUUCCUCUUUCCAGAUAUUUCCCCUUUCCUUAAAGGUGAUGUUUGUUUUUUUAUGUUAAGAGACUUUUUCCUAUCCCAACUUAAUCUGCAGAGCUAUAACUACAGUAUAAGUAAGCCAUUUGUAGGCUUUAUUUUCUCAAAGUGUGAAACUGAGGAAAAUGGCUUUAAAGUUUUUUGGUUAAAGUGUUGUUUAUGUUGUUUGCAAUUUUCACACUUUUUUUUUUUUUUUUUUUUACUGAAUCUGAGCAUAGUUAAGACAAACCCGACCCACACAAGACAGAUCAUAGUAAUUUUUUACAAAAUCUGUUGUUACAGCAUUUUGCAUGGGUUGUUUGUUUGUUCAACAUGAUCACACGGGAAAUCGACAUGCUGCUUCCGAAUGUUCAUGUACUCUGAAAUCAACCCCACUCUGGCAAUUUACCAACAGGCACCAUCCCACAUAAGACAUUUUUGCAUCAAUUCAAAUGUGUUCAUCUUUCCCUGUUGAGCUACUGAUAGCGCGAUUCGCAAGCAACCUGGGUUUGACAAGGAUUCUGGUUCCAUGAAAACCAGGAAGUAAUUGUUUACAUAAACAAUGGUGAGCAUGUUUCAUUAGUUGCAUUUUCACUCUAAAAUUAAAUUUUUACUUCAAUGAUGGUUAGGUUUAGGGUUUGGGUUAGGGAGUAGGGCUAAUAAAAUAUGUAUUCCUUUUGACUGUAUUAAAUCAUUUACAACUAAAUAUACAACUCUCUUUUGACGCCACUCACAUUUCAGCCGGAAAAUGAUCAACAGCACUUCCAGGUUCAUGCUAUCUGUUUUUUUGAUCCGUGGCAGACAGGGGAGUGUUUUGGAGACAUUUUUGAUUUUUUUUAAUUUUAUUUUUGCAAUUACGCUAGUGCCGCAGAAAUUACACACUUCACCUUUAGGUUCAUUGCUGCUCUGUUCAUAUAGGGCGGCUGCAACCUCACUUUCUCUGUCUGUUGCAGUGAUGAUCCAUUGAGUUGUAGGCAAGUGAAUAUAUCUGUGUCUUUGCGUAGCAGGAAGAUUGAGCCCUACUGUACAAGACUCCCAUGAUCACCUGAGCCACUCAAAUGUCUGUACAGCCCACAACUCCACUUCCAUUCUUCAACUUCUAUUUUUCCCUUAUGUAAAAAGCCAAGGAACAAAUGCUGUUUCUUUGUAGCAGAGUGCAAUAAUUCUCUUUCUUUGUCGUGUUUUUUGUUUCCUGAAGAUCUCUUGCCAAAGUGGGAGGGCUAAAUGUGAAAUACGUAUGGACAAAAGAGAGGAACACAAUGAUUUUUUUAUAACUAUUUCAUGUUUGUUUAAAUGUAAAUUGUUUUAUAACAGGGGAUUAGAUAUGGGGGGUAUUUUUAUUUAAAAGAAUGUUACACUUCUGGAAAGAUAUUAUUAAUAUCCAUAAAAUCUCUGAAUAAAAUGU